AUGAUUUCAAAGCAAUUCUUUGCAGUCGCUCUUGCGGCUCUGGUCCGUCAAGUCAGCGGCGCCGGUGUCACUGGCUCGGCCGAGGGCUUCGCCAAGGGUGUUACAGGUGGUGGCUCGGCUACUGCUGUAUAUCCCACGACAAAUGCCGAACUUGUGUCGUAUCUUGGAGAUAGCUCUGCCCGAGUUAUCAUACUUACCAAGACCUUUGACUUUACGGGGACUGAAGGCACCUCGACCGAGACCGGUUGUGCUCCCUGGGGAACUGGGUCAGCUUGCCAAACGGCAAUUAACCAGAACAGCUGGUGUGACAACUAUGAAGCCAGCGCCCCAGAUGUCACAGUAUCCUACGACAAGGCUGGUGUUCUCGGUAUCACUGUUGGAUCGAACAAGUCUCUUGUCGGACAAGGCUCAGCCGGUGUUAUCAAGGGCAAAGGUCUUCGGAUCAUCAGUGCAUCCAAUGUCAUCAUUCAAAAUAUCAAGAUCACGGAUCUCAACCCUGAGUACGUUUGGGGUGGUGACGCCAUUACUCUGGACGACACUGAUCUCGUCUGGAUCGACCACGUUUCCACGUCACUGAUCGGACGUCAGCACAUUGUCCUCGGCACUGAGGCCAGUGGUCGCGUGACCAUCUCCAACUGCAACAUUGAUGGAACGACAUCGUGGUCGCCCAACUGCGACAGCUAUCACUACUGGAACGUUCUCUUCUUGGGAUCUCAGGAUCUGGUUACCUUUAAGAACAACUACAUUCACCAUUUCUCUGGCCGUGCACCCAAGGUUGGCGGCAACACUCUUCUCCACGCUGUCAACAACUAUUUCUACCAGACCGACAGCAGCGGACACGCCUUCGAGAUUGACUCUGGCGGCAUGGUCCUCGCCGAGGGCAACGUCUUCCAGAAUGUCGUCAAUGUCGUAACCGACGACGUCGAGGGUCAGGCCUUUACGAGCCCCAGCAGCACCGCCAACACAGCGUGCUCAACGUACCUGGGACGCAGCUGUGUUCUCAACGCUUUCGGAAGCUCUGGUACCUUCAACAUUGUCGACACGAGCUUCUUGGUCAAUUUCUCGGGCAAGAACAUUGCGUCGGCUACCAGCGCAGAUACUGCCAAGUCCGUGUCGUCAUCGGCUGGCAACACCCUCUCUUGA